CUUCCUGGCCCCGUGAAUUUUAAGGAUGUUUCAAGGCCAGUUUAUGAUCUACAGGUUUUUAAGUAAUGAUAAGUGAUUGCCUACAAGUUCUUGAAAGGCAGUGGCCACAUCUGUUUUGGUUACUGUGGUACUCUCAAUUACUAAUUCAGUUCUCCAGCAGACAUAUUAAAUAAAUAUCUGAGUUUUUUCACUUGAAUGAAUAAAAUAGUUGCACUAACCUGUCAGCCUCGACAGUAUCUAUUUUAGAUCUUGGAAUCCUGAUUGCUUUGGUAGAGAUUUUCCUUAGCAGAGACAUGAAUUCAUAAAUGGUAGCACUAUGGUUUUUAAUUCCAAUCAAUAGGAAACUUUUUCCAUUAGCAGAAAUGAGGUAGCUAGAAAAAAAAAUUCAGUUUCUUCUGUGAUGAAUAAAACCUUUUAAAUGUUAUGGCUUUCACAUGUUCAUAACUACAGGUUAAACAGGUUGUGUCACUCACUUGAUAGCUUUGUGUUUCAAAAGUAUAAUAAUCCCUCCUACUGGACUUUGAGCUCGCACAGCAACUGCUAACAAGAACAGACUGUCACUGGAACUCCUGUUUAAAGAGUGAUCUAUUUUUUUUAAAUGGUCUUGCUUUUAUGGGUUAUUUAAACUUUCAGGAUGGUGAGAGCACUUUUUAUUGUUGUGCUUUUGCCAUUUGUGACUUUGGGAGAAGCACAGAAAUCAUUUCUUAGUUUUCUGAAUAUAGAAAAUAAUAAAAUACUAUUUUUCACAAAGAGUGAAGAAACCAUCAUCAUAAGGUCAAGUUACAAAGACAGACAACCAAGCUCCAGCUACCUUUCUGUGCAAUUAGAAGAUCCUAAAGUAUUGCAAGUGGUAAAUGUGACCAAGACCUUUUUGGAUGAUACAAACUUUAUCAUAAAUGUGGUGACAGAUGAAGAAGGAGAGACAAAUCUGACCAUUCAGCUAUGGGAUUCAGAAGGUAGGCAAGUAAAACUCAUUGAAGAAAUAAAGAAUAUCAAAGUCAAAGUGCUAAAACAGAGACGAGAAAGUCAUUUUCCAGCAUCUAUGCAGACUGAUAGGUAUAUUCUAAUGCUUAUUCUGCCAAUGAUACUGUUAAAUAAGUGUGCAUUUGGCUGCAAGAUUGAACUGCAGGUGUUUCAUACAGUCUGGAAGAGGCCCUUGCCAGUAUUUCUUGGAGUAGUUACACAGUUUUUUCUUAUGCCAUUUUGUGGAUUUCUUUUGACUCAGAUUUUGGCGUUGCCAGAGGCACAAGCUUUUGGAUUUGUAAUGACCUGCACAUGUCCAGGAGGGGGUGGAGGUUAUCUCUUUGCUCUACUUCUAGAAGGAGAUGUCACGUUGGCCAUUUUGAUGACUUGCACAUCAACAUUGUGGGCCCUCAUAAUGAUGCCUACCAAUUCUUACAUAUAUAGUAGGCUGUUGGGGUUAUCAAGUACAUUUCAUAUUCCUGUUUAUAAAAUUAUGUCAACACUCCUUUUUAUACUGAUACCUAUAUCAGUUGGAAUAGUUAUCAAGCAAAGACUACCUGAAAAAGCAAACCUUCUGGAGGGGAUAAUCAGACCCCUGAGUUUUAUUUUAAUGUCUGUAGGGAUUUAUUUAACUUUCAGAAUGGGGUUAAUGUUCUUAAAAACAGUUAAUCUAGAGGUAUUUUUAUUGGGUGUCUUAAUUCCUAUGUUGGGUUUGUUUUGGGGGUAUUCUUUUGCUAAAAUUUCUAUGCUGCCUUUCCCUAUUUGUAAAACAGUUGCUAUUGAAAGUGGGAUGCUGAAUAGUUUCUUAGCCCUGGCUAUUAUUCAACUCUCUUUUUCACAGUCCAAGGCUGAAUUAGCUUCUGUUGGUCCAUUUAUAGUGGCCAUGUGUUCGGGAUGUGAAAUGUUACUGAUCUUCCUGAUCUAUAAGGCUAGGAAAAAAUAUGUCCUUGUUACAGAAGAUAAAAGAAAAAAAUUAGCCCUAGUCUAAUAAAGCAUUACCUAUUUUUCUACUCUGGGUGAGGUAUUGUGAGAGAUCAGAUAAUAUGUAAGAUAAUGCUUAUGUGCAAUCCUUAUGGUUUUAUUGAAAAUGACAUUGGGAAACAGUUAAUAUAUUUAUGUGUACAAAUUAUCCAACAAUUAUACAACUGAUUGUUCAAAGAAAGGAAAAUACUUGUCAACUGUAUUGAUUAUGAAGUGUUUUGUAGAGUUGGAUUUGAAUAUGCUAGUUCAUUAUGUAAAAGGGAAACAGUAAUAAAAGAAAAUUUAUUACUCAUAGUGAAUAUGAUAGAUUCCAAGUAAUUACAGAAAGGACAUCUAUGAUAGGUCUUUAGUAAAUAUUCAUGCAGAGUAAGACUAUGUAAGUUUCACUUAACAUUAUGGUUAAAUUCUUGAAAACUUUGAAACAAAGUAUAAAGAUACCAGA